AUGCUCAAAACACUUCGCCUCCUCCUCAUCACAAUAACCACCCUCUUCCUCCCCUCAGUUCACUCCCAGAACCCCAGCCCACCCGCCCUAAACAUCACAGCCAUAACCGCAACCAAUGGUGCCUCAAUUCUAGAAUGCUGGCGCCUCGACAACUUCACAGUCAGCACUGUCCCGGGAACCGUAGGGGCGCUUUCCGUAUUCUUUGGACAAGCUAGUAAUGUUUCGUAUACUGUGAUUCCGCCUCGGACAAAUGCGGGAUUACAUCGUGCUCCUACUGCUCAAUUCGUGACGUUUCUGUCUGGGUUGAUACACGUUACCCUGCCGAAUUCUACGGAUGAUGCGUGGAUUAUCGGGGGGAAAUAUGGGUUGAUCUUCGCUGAGGACACUGCAGAUGUCAGCGAGUAUGGGCAUGGCACGGAAUAUCCUGCCAAAGGGGAUACGAUUGCGCUAGAAGUGCCUCUAGCUCCUGGGACGAAGCUCAAUCAUACGGUGUUGCACGCAGGAGGGUGCAUGUGGGAGGACCAAACAGGGUUGUGA